AUGGUGCGAGAUUUACAAUGGAAGAGUUUGGUAGGAGUGUCACACCUUGCAAUAAUGAUGGAAGGAGGGGUCGGGGACUAUUUAAAGGACGCAUCGGGGAGGGUUAUACCAUCAAGCACACAACAGAAGAAGGAGAAAGAGAAGACGAUUAUCCAGAAUGAAGAUGAGCGUGAAAAUGAUGGUGGUGGUGAUGACGGUGAUGCUGGUGCUGAUUGGGAGUCGCAUCAACGCGCUGACGGUGUGCAAUGUGUCGGUGGAAGAUCUGACCAAGUGCAAGCCGGCGGUGACGCCCCCAAAUCCCUCGGAGCCGACCGAAGAAUGCUGUGCGGCGAUCAAAAAGGCAGACUUGAAGUGCCUUUGCAGUUACAAGGACGCUCCUGCUGUUGGAAUCGAUCCAAAACUGGCCAUUCAACUUCCUGUCAAGUGCCACGUUCCUAA